UUGCUGCUGAGGCUGCUGGACGGCUGUAGCGCUCCGCUGGAUCUGCUCACGGAGAGCCGAUGGAAAGUUGAUCUCCGUCCGGAUUUGGCUGCAACUUUCUGCUCAGAGCAAAUCAUAAAUCCAGAUUAAGACGCUUGCUCGUCAGUUUUCAGCCAGAUAGCUCAUGAUUCUAUUUUAUCAUCACCUGCAGUGAGGAUGUUGUGGCUGGUUUUGUUCCUGCCUGCCAUCUCCUUGGCUCAGCGAUCAGAGCCCAUGUUCUCAGCUAUAACCAACACUGUCCUUCCUCCUGACUAUGACAACAACCCCACCCAGCUCAACUAUGGUGUGGCCAUCACUGAUGUGGACGGGGACGGAGACCUGGAGAUGUUUGUAGCUGGCUACAAUGGCCCAAACCUGGUGCUAAAGUACGACAAGCAGAAGAAAAGGCUCAUCAACAUUGCUGUUGACAACCGUAGCUCCCCGUUCUAUGCCCUGCGAGACCGCCAAGGCAACGCCAUCGGAGUGACAGCGUGUGACAUCGAUGGAGACGGCCGAGAGGAAAUUUACGUCCUUAACACCAAUAACGCCUUCUCUGGUCGGGCAACAUAUUCAGACAAGCUGUUUAAGUUCCGUAAUGGACGCUUUGAAGAUCUGCUGAACGAUGACAUUAAUGAACACAGAGAUGUUGCCAACCGUAUGGCUGGGCGCUCAGUGGCCUGUGUGGACAGAAAGGGUUCAGGCCAUUACGCCAUCUACAUAGCUAACUAUGCCAGUGGCAACGUGGGUCCUCAUUCUCUCAUUGAAAUGGAUGUGGCAGCGAGUGAUCUUUCACAGGGCGUCAUUGCACUCUCCAAUGUGGCAGAGCAGGCCGGAGUCAACAAGUUCACAGGAGGGCGAGGUGUCGUGGUGGGGCCCAUUGUCAGUCAAACCUUGUCUGAUGUGUUUUGCGUCAACGAGUACGGACCAAACUUCCUGUUCAGGAACAAUGGAGAUGGAACCUUCACUGAUGUGGCGCAGCAGGCUGGUGUGGAGGACCCCAUGCAGCAUGGCAGAGGGGUUGCUCUGGGAGACUUCAAUCGUGACGGAAAGACAGACAUCGUCUACGGGAACUGGAAUGGACCCCAUCGCCUGUACAUGCAGCUGAAUAACCGCAAACAGAAGUUCAAGGACAUAGCAUCCCAGAAGUUUUCUAUGCCCUCCCCAGUUCGCACCGUCAUGACUGCUGACUUUGACAAUGACAAUGAGCUGGAGGUCUUUUUCAAUAACAUCGCCUACAGGGGCCCCUCCGCCAACAGACUUUUUAGGGUGAGCAGGAGAGAGCAUGGAGACCCCCAGAUAGAAGAGUUGAAUGUUGGGGAGGCAUCAGAGCCUGAAGGACGAGGAACUGGAGCUGUAGCCACAGAUUUUGAUGGUGAUGGCCGUCUUGAACUGCUGAUAUCUCAUGGUGAAAGUGCUGCACAGCCGCUCUCUGUCUACAAAGUCAACCAGGGGACCACUAACGCCUGGCUGCGAGUGAUUCCCCGGACCAAGUUUGGUGCUUUUGCCAGAGGAGCUAAAGUGGUGUUGUACACCAAAAAGAGCGGCCCACACACACGGAUCAUUGACGGCGGCUCAGGGUACCUCUGUGAGAUGGAGCCUGUUGCCCACUUUGGCCUUGGUAAGGAUGUUGCAACCAGUGUUGAGGUGUACUGGCCAAAUGGUCGUUCAGUGGCCCGUCCCCUGGAGCCUUCAGACGUCAACACAGUGCUGGAGAUCCACUAUCCAAGAGAUGAGGAGGAAGUCACUCCUACUGUGGAAAUAGAGUGUGGUCAUGGGUUUGCUCUGAAUGACAAUGGCCGUUGCACAGAUAAAGAUGAGUGUAUGCAGUUUCCCACUGUGUGUCCCUCUGACCGCCCUGUCUGCACCAACACCUAUGGCAGCUAUAAGUGCCGUGCCAAGAGGAGAUGCAACCAGGGCUUUGAGCCCAACGAUGAUGGGUCAGCCUGCGUGGCCCAGGUUGCUUACUUUGGGGGGACGCGGUCUUCUGGAGAACGCAAGCGCUCGGGCCUUUCUUUCUGGAUGCUCCCUGUCUCUGUGCUACCACUUGUUUCUACCCAUCUUCAAACUGAACUACUGUAGUGGUCACUGUCUUCUCCCCUUCCUAACUCUCUCCACUGCUAAAUGGUGACGUACAGAACCUCUAAGGUCAAACUUUUCCCUGAAUCAUCUACUACUUCUUCUCCUAUGUGGAUGUCUGCUAUCUAUUUCCAUCAGUUAUUUGCCUUGCCCCUUCAUCACUGCUGCUAUGUGUCACCUCUUGGCUCCCAGCCCCCUCUGGACUAUAAAGAAACACACAGGGAGCAUGCUCACUGGGAACUAUGGGGUUCAGGACUAACUGUGUGAAACUUGCAGAGCCCUCACGUCAUCACCUGGCACUUAUCUUAGCAGGACCUGAACUGAGGCCAAGACAAUAAGUGGAGCUGCAGCAUAUAAACAACUUCUCAUACUUUAGAGCAGACCGAUCUACUGGCUUCACACACCACAUUUAUUAGGGACACACUGAGACCCCAUCUGUAUCUCAAAAUGCCGUUACGGUAAUCCUUGCAAUGUCAAUCUCAUUAUUAUUAUGGGGUUAUUGGGAUGCUGAGGAACACCAUGUAUCCAAGCUUUUGGCUUCUCUGUGUGUGAGUGUUUGUGUUUGUCUGUGUGUGUGUGUGUGUGUGUGUGAGUGUGUGUGUGUGUGUGUGUGUGUGUGUGUGUGUGUGUGUGUGUGUGUGUGUGUGUGUGAGAGGAACAUAUGCCAGACCAUCUGUCUUCCAUGGAAAGUCACAUCAAGUUACUAUACCUAUGAUUAAUACAAUAGCACAUUGAAAAAUAAACACAUGUGUGUGUUUGUGUGCAAAGAAUAGGCGGGAACAAAUUAAAAAAAAAUGUAAGUGUAAUUGCCAGAAGGUGUACUUUUUAAAUUUUUAAUCCUUUUUCACAUAAUGCAGAACUGCAAAUUUUCUUCAUCUUUUUCAUCAGCCUACAACAUUUACUGCUAAUAGUAAUCCUAAAUGCUUAUUUCCCCAUUUAAUUAAAUAAUAGGCUUGUAACAAGAGCAUGAAGACAAAAGGAAGAGAAGGUAGACUUUCAUGGACCAUGGAAAUUAAUGUUCUUGAAAAAUACCUUAAACUAAAACCUCAAACUAAACUUACCAGUUUAUUUCAUGUAGUGCUUGCUAGGUCUGAACAGCGAUGGAGGUCUGUGGCUCAGAGGAAGACACUUGCCAGUAGGGUCAAUUCAUUGUUGAUUUUGGUCUUUUUAAGGGAUUUGCUGAUAGCAAAAAUCUAAAAUAACAACAGACGUAUCCUUUGAAUUGAGAAUAGUAAACGAAUGUCAACUCAACGUUUUUGAUAACAUGGCACCCUUUUUCAUUAAAAUUUAAUACAUACCAAGAAGCAAAGACAAAAGGAAGAUGUGUGGCUUUGUGUGUGUGUGUGUGUGU